CAUUGGUUUCUGCGGAGACAUUCAUUGCUUCGUCAUUCUAAUUUUGCUUUGGAAGUGCACUCUCAGGGAGAUAGGGAGACUGAAACGGAGAGAGAGGGACGAAGACGAAGCCAUGGACGGUGGAGCACAGUACAAUCCUCGCACGGUGGAAGAGGUUUUUAGGGAUUUCAAGGGAAGAAGAGCUGGACUUAUAAAAGCCCUUACCACCGACGUUGAAGAUUUCUACAACCAAUGUGAUCCUGAGAAGGAGAAUUUGUGCUUGUAUGGUUAUCCUAGUGAGCAGUGGGAAGUAAAUUUACCUGCUGAAGAAGUUCCUCCCGAACUUCCAGAGCCUGUGCUGGGCAUAAACUUUGCUAGGGAUGGCAUGCAGGAAAAAGACUGGUUAUCUUUAGUUGCUGUCCACAGUGAUGCGUGGUUACUUGCAAUUGCUUUCUAUUUUGGAGCUAGAUUUGGGUUUGAUAGAGCUGACAGAAAACGACUUUUCAAUAUGAUUAAUGAACUACCAACAAUAUUUGAAGUUGUUACGGGUACAGCAAAGAAACAAAUUAAGGAGAAGUCUUCAGGUUCAAAUCACAGUGGCAGUAAAUCAAAGUCCAACUCUAAAGCGCGAGGUUCAGAAUCUGUGGGAAAGCAUUCAAAGGCAAUACAAUCAAGAGACGAGGAAGAAGGACUGGAUGAAGUAGAUGAAGAUGAACAUGGAGAGACUUUGUGUGGGGCAUGUGGUGAGAAUUAUGGUACUGAUGAAUUCUGGAUUUGUUGUGACAUCUGCGAAAACUGGUUCCAUGGGAAAUGUGUGAAGAUCACCCCAGCUAGGGCAGAGCAUAUCAAGCAAUACAAAUGCCCAUCAUGCAGUAACAAGAGAGCCCGUCCCUGACUAAAGCAAGGUUCCUUCGCUGACUAGCGUUGGAGUCUUCAAUUGCUCAAGCUUAUCUACCUUCCUUAGAUGCAGUCAGUAGUUUCUGGGUUUCACUUGUUGAGAUUUUCUUGUGUAGUCUGUAGGAUUGCCUGUGGAGGUCUAGAUUUUGAUUCCUUUGUGGCUGUUAAUCUGUAAUUGUCACGGAAGUGUUGUUAACUAGGGAAAGUGAAAUCUUUUCCAAGUUUGACAGGAAAUCAGUUUAAUGAUACUGAAAUUUAUUUGUAACUUA